AUGGACCAAGACCUCCCCGACUUGGUUCGAGACUUGGAACUCGAGACAGAAUUCCUCCCGUACUGCAAUACAGAGACCGUCCAUACGUACCAUGAGCGCCAGCCGUAUUCUCGAGACCAGGUUUCCCGAUCGGAACAUUGGAGGCGGCUAAGAAAAAUCGGCGGGGGAGGGUUUGGCACCGUGUGGCUCGAAAGAUGCACAAAAGGGGGCCAUCACGGUAUUGAAUUGCGCGCUGUGAAACAGUUGGAAAUGACUCCGCAUUCGAAACGUCUGGAUUACAGCCAUGAAUUGGAAGCCAUCGCCAAGUUCUCUCAGUGGAAGUAUGAGCGAUGCUUUGUCAAGUCAUUCGGAUGGUUCCGGAGCCCGGAGCAUUUGUUUAUCUCUAUGGAAUACCUCGAGCUAGGGGACCUCCAUCACUAUCUACAAGACAAGGCGCCUCUACCGGAACCCGACGUCAGGGAUAUAUCGCAUCAGAUUCUCGAUGGACUCUGCUUAAUGCAUGGCAACGGCUUCGCUCAUAGGGACUUGAAACUCAAAAACAUCCUUCUGAAAUCAUGCCCCCCAAAUGGCUGGCGGGUUAAGAUCGGGGAUUUUGGUAUAAGCAAGUGCGUGGAAGAUGGCCUUGGGGUGUUGACAACGACCAUAGGCACUGUGGGAUAUAUGCCGCCAGAAACCCUUGGGUUUACAGAGCGCGGCCGUCCAUAUGCAGUCGAUGUCUGGGCAGUCGGGGAGGUCACUUUUCAGUUGCUCACGAAAAAGCCGACCUUCAAGAAUCCGGGACUCCUCUCCAAAUAUGUGAAUAACCUGGAAUUGUUCCCGAUUGGUGUACUCCAGGCCGCUCGCAUCAGCCAAUCCGGAAUUGAGUUUAUACUCUCCACGAUGCACCCGAUGCUGGAUAAACGGAUAACAGCACAAGAAGCUUUGCACCACGCCUGGAUGGAUCAACCGCUCUCUGGUCUCACUUCACAUACACGAGAUGUGUUGUCCCAUGGCCCAGCAACAUCUACGGCAACUGACUCGGAGGAUGAAGAGCUUGCGUCUUGGGACACUGAUACCGAUCCCACAUCAGCAAGAACGGCUGUUCGAGAAGAACCAGAUGAUACCAAGUCUUCAAUAAGUUAUAGGAGGAAAGAAAUUUCCAGCGCAACUAGCGGCUCUUAUCUUUUGAAUUCGGGCCCUACGAACCGCAAAAAGGAUGCCAUACCAGACUUCGGCGGUCACAGCGACGGACAACCCUCCUUCACAGAGACCUUGCGACACAGAGAGAGACCCCGCCAAAUACACCUGCACAGUCGAAUACCUCUCAUGCACCCACGCGGACUCCACAACCCGCGACAAGCCCCGGGAUACCCUGUUGACCCUGGUUGGUGGUGGGGCGACUACGGAGACCAAAGGGGUUUCUUCCCAGCAAACUAUGUCUCUGUCAUUGGAGGCGCUGGCGCUCAGAAUGCUACUGCUGCUGCUACUACGACUAAGCCGACUUCUGGUCCUGCUGGCAACAAAGACGAAUACGGACGGCCUCCUAAAGAUGGCCAUAGGGCCGAUCUGAAAAAGUGGUUUUUGGGUCGGAGCCGGGGACUGUGGAUGUAG